CUGCGGCGGGGGGCCGAGCCCGGCCGAGUUUGGGGAAAGCAUUCCUGGAAUUCGCUUCCUGCCCGAGGCCGAGCCGCGGGAUGGCGGGGCCGCAGCGGGCGGAGGGCGGCGAGCGACCCCUGGGCACCGGGGGCAGCCUGGCCGCGUGAGGAGCCCCCCACCCCAGUCCCGUGCGCCCCGGCCGGGCCAUGGCCGAGCUCCUGCUCCGGAGAACGUUCUCCAGGCUGCGGGGCAAAGAGAAGCUGCCCGGGAAGAAGGAGCGAGAGCGCCCCUCGAGGAUGCUGGACUCUCCCAUGGAGCUGGAGCCAGGCCCUGGGCCAGAGCCAGCGUCUCAUGACCUCGAUGGGAGCUGUCGGAGAGGGGCAGCCAUCACCGUGUCCAGGAAGCAGAGCUGGGCCAGGUUCUCAUGUGGCAUCCGGGACGUGCCAUGUAGCUCUUACAGCAGGAAGGUGUCUGCCAGCCCCACGGCCUCCACAGAGCCGCAGGAUGAGGGUGAAGGGGUAGGGCCAGUUGCCUGUGGGCGAGAGACUGACGGGGACCCCCAGUGCCCUCUGCGACCCCAGGAGCUGUUCUCCCCCACUCACACAGGGGGGCCAGCCAUUAAGGAUGAAGCCUGGCUUGUGGAGAGCCCCCCAGCCCCAGCGCCCCCCACCCCUCAGCCUGGCCUGGCCCUGGCGACCCCAGCCCCUCAGCCCGGCCUGGCCCCUGGUGAUGAGGAGGCUGAGUCGAUGUGCAGGUAUGUGGAGCUUUGCGCCUCCGGCAGUGCUGUGAGGUCUGCCAGUCAUGGCGCCUACUUGCAGAACCUGGAGAGGAGCAGCCGCCACUGGAUCCUCUCCUCGGGCAAGGCCCAGGGCCUGGAGGAGUUGGCCCCCAGCGCCAGCACAGAGUUGAAGGAGGUGGGCGCCAUGGGCAGCGAAGGGGAGAUCUGGUACAACCCCAUCCCUGAAGAUGAGGACGUUGUGGGUGUCAGGCAAGGCACCGAGCCUGGCAGCUCCUGGAGGAAGUGGGGCAGUGGCACAGGGAGCCGGGAAUCUGACAGGGACAAGGCCAGGCCCAGCAGGGCAGAGCCAGGUGAUGAAGGGCCCCCCAGGAGCAUCGCCAGGCAAGUGGAGAGCCCCAGCUCACAGAAUACACCUACCCCAGCUGAGCCAGUGGGCCGAGGCGAGGAGAUGGGUGCCGGCAGGACACAGGCCUAUGGGAAGUUGCCGAUUUCAUGUGUGAGCGUGGCUGUGGGGUUGGCUGGCCCAUCCCCGCCGCUGAGCCCCAGCGUCUCCAAGAAGGGGCGCUCCCUGGGCAGGGUGAAGUCCCCGGGCACCGUGCGCCGCCUUUCCCUGAAGAUGAAGAAGCUGCCUGAGCUGAGGAGGAAGCUGAGCCUGCGUAGUGCCCGGCCCCGGGGUCAGGAGCCUGAGGGCAGUGGCAGCACCUCACCCCAGGAUGCCCGCAAGGAGCCGGGGAAUGUCAUCAGCCGCUACCACCUGGACAGCAGCGUGGCAUCCCAGCAGGGCCCACACCGUGCCAAGGCAGCCAGCAAGGGCGGCUACCUGAGUGAUGGUGACUCCCCUGAGCUGCUGACCAAAGCGGACAAGCGUGCCUGUCCCGGGCCAGAGGGGCAUGAGCCUGGGGCCAGGCUGGACGUGGAUGCCUUCCAGCCCUACAGCUCCUUGGAACAGCCGCGCUGUGUGCAGCCCAUCUCAGGCCUAGUCAGUGUCCACCUGCACGGUGUGGGAGACCUUAAGCCCCCAAAGGCUGAGUCCAGGGAGGUGUUCUGCGUCCUGCAGGUGGACACAGCCCCCAAGGCGCGCACGGCCCUGCUGCCCUGGACAGCCGCCUUCCUCAGCCUCAACCACACCUUCAACUUGGAACUGGAGGGCGCCCGACACCUCAAGGUCAUUGUCUUCUCCUGGGAUCUGGCUACCUGCCGGAACCGUGUGUGCUGCCAUGGCACCAUUGUCUUGCCCUACGUCUUCAGAGGGUGCAGGGCCCAGCAGCUGGCAGUGCGGCUGGAGCCGCGCGGGCUGCUCUACUGCAGGCUGACGUUGGUGGAGCAGUGGGACAUGCCCAGCAGCCCCAGUGACCGGGAGCCCCGGGUCUUUGGCGUGGAGCUGCGUCACUUGGUGGAAAGGGAGAACACUGCCACCAAGGUGCCGCUGCUGAUCCAGAAAUGCGUCUCCCAGAUCGAGAAGCGGGGACUGAAGAUUGUAGGGCUUUACCGGCUGUGUGGCUCGGCAGCUGUGAAGAAGGAGCUGCGUGAUGCCUUCGAGAGGGACAGUGCAGCCGUGACGCUCUCUGAACAGCUGUACCCAGACAUCAACGUCAUCACAGGGAUCCUGAAGGACUAUCUGCGGGAGCUGCCCACGCCCCUCAUCACCAAGACCCUUUACCAGGUGGUGUUGGAGGCCAUGGCCCAGCGACCGCCCCAAGACAUGCUUAGCAGGCAGAAUGCAAAGGAGACGAUGGCUCUGCUGGACUGCCUGCCGGAGAUUGAGAAGGCUACCCUGACCGUGCUGCUGGACCAUCUCAGCUUGGUGUCCUCCUUCCACGACUUUAACCGCAUGAACUCCCAGAACAUUGCCGUAUGCUUCGGGCCAGUGUUGCUCAACCAGAAUCAGGAGCCAUGGCGCCAGAGGGCCCGCAGCUACGCCCACUGCGAGGAGAUCUCCAGUGCUGUCGACUUCAAGAGGCACAUUGAGGUGCUGCACUAUCUGCUGCAGGCCUGGCCUGCCCCCUACAGGAAAGGGCGUGGCGUGGCGGGCCGGGAAAGGGCCCAGUCCACCUGCCUGCGGCAGAGGCGCUGUCCUGCACUGCGGCUGGAUCUGCUGGAGAGCGAGGUGGUGGCUCGUCACCGGCCCCGAGGCCUGGAGAGCCCCCCCACCAACCGCUACGCUGGGGAGUGGAGUGUGUGCAGCCAGGAGUAUGGGCUGGUGGCCGGGCCGGGGCACGAGGUCAGCUACGCCGAGGUGGCCGGCAGCGAGAGCGAGAAUGAGGUGCUGGACCUGCGGGAGGGGCUGGGCGGCCCCAACCAGACGGUCUUCGUGGGGGACUUUGCCCUGGUUGACGACCCUGAUGCGCCCUUCAGCCCCCGCCUGAACCUGAAGGACUUCGAUGCCCUCAUCUUGGACCUGGAGCGAGAGCUCUCCAAGCAGAUCAACGUGUGCCUGUGAGUGGCCUGGCUGCUCCACCACAGUGCCUGGCUCCCCCUGCCCCUAUGCUCCCUGGGACCAUCCACAUCCCCCGCCGGGCUCCAGUGUCACCAAAACACGAGCCAUGUGGUGGGAGCUGGGCACAGCCUGGGGCCUUGACACCAGCAGGGAGGUGCCAGGCACCAGAUGGUGGGGCUUCAGCUAAAGAAUUUUAGGCUCCACGCUCAGGAGCCUGGCCCAGCCCUGUAGCAGGCCAUGACUCAUGCCGUCAGCCUUAAUACAGCAACCUGCCCAGGAACGGGCCCUGAGCAGCAGGUACAGUGUACAGGAGGUGUUCUCAUGCGCUCUCGUGGGCUCCAGCACACUCUGCCCUCUGGGCUUGGAGCUCUGGAGAGACCAACACAGUGCACGCCGGGGUGUGGCCGCCGAGCUCCCAGGGGCACGCACCCAGGUGUGGCCGCCAAGCUCCCAGUAUUAAUAGGAACUCAGAGACUGAGCCAAAGCCAUUUGGAGAGUGACCAAAUUUGUGUAGCACUUGGCUCUCGCAGCCUUUUGAUUUGCACAGCAGGGAUGGGAGCUUGGAGACACCAGGGCAGUGCUCCACCAGGCCACUGUGUGGCAGCUCACUGAGGUUGGGGCUCUGGGGCUGGAGUAUGGAUGAGGGGCUGAGCCAGCCAUGGGGCUGCACUCAGGGUCACUCACUGCUGCAGUGUUUGUCACUCUCAGCCUACCGUGGGUGACAUAGUAGCUCUGUCUGGCUACAGGGCAGCAUCAUAGUCCUGUGUGACAGGCUGGGAGGAGCCUGGAUCCUGGCGUUCCCUUGGCCUGGCUCUCUGCCCUGGGGCAAUACCAUGUGAAGGGAGCACACAGGGCAGGGGGAGCGGCUCCCUCCUGAGCCUUCUCCUUGCCUCUGCAUUUCAGAAGCCAAAGAAUGAGCCUGUGAGCCUGAGCCUGUCCCCUGGCUGGGCUGGAGCAGAAGUUUGUGGGCACUGCUUGUGUGACCCUGGCAGUGGGCUUUCCAGGCCGUAGCAGCUGUGCCAAUAUGGUGCUUCAUGCAGGCUAGUCAGGAAGGUAGUGCCAGGCCCUGGGCAUGGCACAGGGGGCGGGUCAGGAGCACCAUGUACCUAUCCCUCCCGUGGCAUGUAUUUCUGGUCAGCAGGGAGCCUUCAGGGGGUAACAGCCCUCCCAGCCCCCAAGGGUGGUGAGUUUUGAUGCCCCUUUUGGUAUCCCAAGUGGAGCCUUCCUGGCAGGUGGGAGUUUGACAUGGGUCUCAGGAAGAUGGGUGUCAGGGCUGCCCCGGGGCUCUAGCUGCAGUGGGCUCAGUCUGGUCUGCUGUGGGACUGGCCUCGCAGUCAGUGUUUUGCUACUAAGUGCCACCCUGUGUGCCACUUGGGUGGGGGGCAGCCUUGGGCCAGGGCUAAGGCCUGUUCCUGGCCUCCCACCAUCCCAGGCGAGGCAUCCCCCCUGCAUAGUGUUAGAAUAUCAAUAAGGGUCUCUGACCUCCAUCAUGUGUGCUCUGCUCCGGGGCUGCUUCACACAGAAGCCACAAUCCACUGCACCCUGCCAGGGAGGAGGAGGGGCUGUGCCAGUCAUGGCACCUCACUCUCAGCUUGCCAUGGCAUUAGUUAGUAUCUUGAUGCCAUGUUUACAUCCUCCCCCAGCCUGGCUGCUGCCUCCAAUCCUACUCGGCUGCAGCUCUUGGUGGAACAGUGAGGGGAGACUAGGUGACCAGAUGUCCUGAUGUUAUAGGGACAGUCCCAAUUUUUGGGUCUUUUACUUAUAUAGUCUCCUAUUACG